GGCUCUCUGCCCAAGUCAACACGGUGACGCCUGUGGAAGACCUGCCCAAGCAGACCCACACGAAAGACGCCGAGGCUCAAGUCACCACCCGAUUGUCUCACGAAAAACUUUAAGACCCCCUCCCCCAGACCAGCAAUGGGAUCGCUCGAGAAGAGCCGAUCAGACUUCUCCACACGGAGCCAGUGUGACAUGGAGGUAACGACAUCCGACACGCACUGACACGGGAUGGCCAGCGAUCAAACGAGACGUACUGAUUACGAUGGCUGCAAUGCAAUGCGGCGCUCUCUGUUGCUGUCUGUGCUGAUUGCAGAUGUCCCAGUUGUGCUCUGACGCACUGUAUGUAGUGAGUCAGACGACACCGGAUCAACUGAAGAACCUCAUGAUACGUAAGCAGACGUCUGGCCCGUCGGUGGAUGCCCGCAAAGCAAGCAUCCCAGUUUUGUCUCUCUCUUGUCAGGUUUCUCGAAGGAAAAGCUGAGCGGCCAGCCGAUAUCGGCAGGCGCCAGUCCGUCCGCUUCGUCCUUUCAGACACCGAAUGCGUCACCAACACGCCCCAAAGCAUCCCAACUCGCCGGUCUCAAGACACCUUCCAUCCCUAGUCCACCACACACAGCAGUCGAGAUGAUGGACCGAGUCUGGGCCAGCACGCAGGGAGGAAUGGGCUCAGGCCCGUCAUCGCUCGAGGCCUCACCGGCGAGAAGGGGAGAAGUCAAGGAGACACAAGAUGCUGAGUCCAGCGCGGCACGGACCACAAAGGAUGGGGAGGCGAAUGCUGUGGUGAGCACAAAGGAAGUUUCGGCCAGUGCGGUGCCAAAGGUGACAGAAGCGCAAGUCAACACGACAGUGCCAUUGGAGAAGCUGCUCAAGCAGACCAACAAAAGGGAAGCAGAGACGAGUGUCGUGCCGAACACAAAGGAAGCAGAAGCCAAUGCCGUUUCGGAAACCGCAGAGGCUCAAGUCAACACGGCAACGGUGGAGACGACAGACGCAGCCGUGAUGGCUGAGAGGACAAGUGAGAGGGAAGGUGCCCUGCACGAGCAGAUACGACGGCUCACAGAGGUACAGAAAGGAAAGCGCAGGAAAAGCUUGCAGCCUGCUAGAUGAACUUCGGUGUUUUGGGUUUGUAUUGGUCAGAGCGCUAAGGACAGCGAGUCCAAGUACAGGUCGCUUCUGCAGCAACACGAGUCGCUCGAAGUCGAAUGCCAGGUACAGAGACAUUAGCUUGUGCGUGUCACAUCACACAUCUGCACGUGUCGCUUGCUGAUUCUUGCAGUCGACUACGGAGACAUUGCAUCAGAUUCGCCGGCAGAAGGUACUACCAGACAGCGACACAAAGGGCAUUCACACAAUGUAGCUAAGGCCGGGCCCUGUGUGUGUGUGUUCAGGACGAGGAGAUUGCGCGCCUCCAACGACUGCUUGAGAGUCAGUCCGUCCGAGCGGACCUCAGGGACGCUCAAGUCACCACGAAAGUGGUGGAGACGACAGACACGGGUGUGAUGGCUGAAGCCAUCGAGGGGCUUGGACGAAGGACGAGUGAGAGGGUGGAUGCCCUGAAGGAGCAAAUACGACGGCUUACCGAGGUACGCGAGGGGACAAACCAUGAAAGCUGCCAGCUCGGCAAGUCUCGAUUCGUGCUGGUCUGUGCAUUGGACAGAGGGCCGAGCGUUACCGAGAGUUUGGCUGGAAGACGAGAGACGAAUAUAUGUGUCUAUCCAUUCACGCCGAGGGGCUUGAAAGGAACAAUGCGGUAACAUAAGCACGAUUCAUUCACUCACCAGACAGCUCACCUGCACAUCUGUUUCCGGCUGAUUGUUGCCCAGAGUCUGGUUCGCUCCCUUGCCCGCAUGCGGGCCAUUUGCUCAGAUCAGGUAAUAUAAUGACCACCCACGAGUAGAUUUGCACAAAAGGAGAGCGUCACGGCAUUCGCUGCGUUGUGUGUCUCUUUCCCUCCCGCUGCCUCCUCCAGGCUAUGAAGAUUCGCUUGUUUGAGUCGGAGGGAGAGCCCCCGGCAUACACAUACGAGGACGAGAUGGACGAGACGCCCUUUGAGUCUCCGCUCCCGUCACCGUCCCGUUCGCCUAUCCACACGCCACCACUGCCACCGCUCACAGGCGCCACACCCAGGGCCGAGGGCAGCAUCGAGCCGUUGGACGAUCUGCUGCUCCCUGCUCCCCGCUCACCUUCUGACCAGGAGGUCGAAGAAGCUGAGACGACCGGAGACAAACAGCCGCAGCCACCGCCUAUGGCGACGCAGGCCAGCAACGAGUCCGUGGCUGAUCUCCUCGAGUAUAUACAUUCUGUGCUCCGGCCUGCCCCUUGCGACACCCGACAGGAAAACCAAGCAGCCGCCACGACACUGGAUGCCGCAGGAGAAGCGCUCGAGGCCGCAGGAGAGGCAACUCGUCUCGCCGCUCGCCCUGACAGCCCCUCAUUGUAUGAGGAGAUUGCGGCCGCUGGUGCCGCUGCUGAUGUGGAGGGGGGUAUGGUGGAGGUGGGCGGUGAGGAAACUGAGAAGCCCACAGCUCCUCCCUCUCCGCCACAAGAGACGGGCAACAACACCAAGCAAGGAACGCGGCUGGUGAGUGGCAUCGCCAACGAGGAUGGGACGGGACGGGCCACGACAGCCACUCUUCGCAUGACCGCCCCAUCCCCCGCCUGCCACCCGAGGCAAAAGGCCAUGCAGUGGAAGCCCUCCCUCCCCUCGGCCUCCCGGCCUGCCCCUCUGCCGGCCCAGGUAGCGCCAGUCCCAACUGCAGCUGCAGCCCCAGCCCCAGCGCCAGCCCCACCACCCCCACCCCCAGCGUCAUCAGGAGACCUGAGGGAGAGUGCAGAGGCGGCGAGAGCCAGGGUUACCGUACCGCGCCUCAAGCUGGAGAAGCUGCCCCCACCCGAAUUCAGCCCUUGUGCGUCUGCUGCGGGCAGCCUCGCCUUGUCCGACUCCUCGGUCUCGUCCAGCAAUAGCAGCAGCAGUGAGAGUCGGUCCAGCUUGGCGUAUAGCGAGUCCCAGUCCUCCCUCGCCUCGCCGCUUCUCUCGGAGGGUCCGUCGCCGCAGCAUUCUGCCCGCCCUUCACACGCGCCCAACCAUUCCAGCCUACCGAGCAGCAAUGGCAGUGCUGCCAGUGGCGCCAGUGGUGGGGCGGAGGCUAUCGAGACACGGGCCAGUGAUGGCUGCGCGGAUGCGGACGGGGGGGUGCGAUUCAGAUGGAGAGAUAUGUGGGAUGAUGAAUGAAUGAAUGAAUGGCUGAUGGAUGUGACUGAGUGACUGACUGAGUGACUGACUGACUCGCGCAAGUGAAUGGACGGACGGAGAGAAUGCCCCUCGGGAUA